CGCCUGCCGCUUUCUCUGUAGCGCGGCUCGCUUCUCUGCCCGGGGAUUCUGUAGGAAGGACGCGGGGACCCCGGAAGCCGGGAAAUGGAAUCACUGGUUUUUGAGGAUGUGGCUGUGAACUUCACCCAGGAGGAAUGGACUCUGCUGGAUUCUUCACAGAAGAAGCUCUACAGAGAUGUGAUGAGGGAAACCUUCAGGAACCUGGCGUGCAUAGGGGGAAAAUGGGAAGACCAGAAUAUUGAAUAUCAGUACAAUAGCCAGGGAAGAAAUCUAAGAAGCCAUAUGGUAGAGAGACUCUGUGAAAGUAAAGAAGCUAGUCAAUGUGGAGAAACCUUCAGCCAGAUUCCAAAUCUCAGUCUAACUAAGAAAACUACUGCAGUAAAACCAUAUGAAUGUAGUGUAUGUGGAAAAGUCUUCGUGCGUCAUUCAUCCCUUAAUAGGCACAUCAGAUCUCAUACAGGACAUAAAUUAUAUGAGAAGCCAUAUGAAUGUAAAGAAUGUGGGAAAGCCUUCAGUUAUCUCAAACCCUUUCAAAGACAUGAAAGGACUCACAGUGGAGAAAACCCCUAUAAAUGUAAACAAUGUGGAAAAACCUUUAUAUAUCACCAACCCUUUCAAACACAUGCACGAACUCACAUUGCAGAAAAACCCUAUGAAUGUAAGCAGUGUGGUAAAGCUCUAAGUUGUCCCAGUUCUCUUCGAAUUCAUGAAAGGAUUCACACUGGAGAAAAGCCCUAUGAAUGUAAGAUAUGUGGUAAAGCCUUCAGUUGUCCCAGUUCUAUUCGAAUACAUGAAAGAACUCACACUGGUGAGAAACCCUAUAAAUGUAAGGAAUGUGGGAAAGCCUUCAUAUCCCACACAAGUGUUCAAACACACAUGGUAACACACAGUGGAGAUAGACCAUAUAAAUGUAAGGAAUGUGGGAAGGCAUUCAUUUUUCCCAGUUUUUUACGAGUACAUGAAAGAAUUCACACUGGAGAGAAACCCUACAAAUGUAAACAAUGUGGUAAAGCCUUCAGAUGUUCCACUUCCAUUCAAAUUCAUGAAAGAACUCACACUGGAGAGAAACCCUAUAAAUGUAAGGACUGUGGGAAAGCCUUCAGUGCUCGUCCAGCCUUUCGGGUACACCUGAGAAUACAUACUGGAGAGAAACCUUAUAAAUGUAAAGAAUGUGGGAAAGCCUUCAGUCGUCCCAGUUACUUUCGAAUACAUGAAAGGACUCACACUGGAGAAAAACCCUAUGAAUGUAAAAAAUGUGGGAAAACCUUUAAUUAUCCUCUUGAUUUGCAAAUACAUGAAAGAAAUCACACUGGAGAAAAACCCUAUGAAUGUAAGGAAUGUGCAAAAGCGUUCAUAUCUCUUGAAAACUUUCGAAGACACAUGAUAACACACUCUGGGGAUGGACCUUAUAAAUGUAGGGAAUGUGGGAAAACAUUUAUUUUUCCCAGUGCAUUUCGAACACAUGUAAGGACUCACACUGGAGAGAAACCCUAUGAAUGUAAACAAUGUGGAAAAGCCUUUAGUUGUUCUAGUUAUAUUCAAAUACAUGAAAGAACUCACACUGGAGAGAAACCCUAUGAAUGUAAGGAAUGUGGGAAAGCCUUCAUUUACCCCACAAGUUUUCAAGGACACAUGAGAAUGCAUACUGGAGAGAAACCUUAUAAAUGUAAAGAAUGUGGGAAAGCCUUUAGUCUUCACAGUUCCUUUCAAAGACACGAAAGAACUCACAAUAGAGGGAAACAUCUUGAGUGUAAGCAAUGUGGAAAAGUCUUCAGUUUGCCCAAAUCCUUACAAAAACAUGUGAGAAUGCAUACUGGACAGAAACUCCACAAGUGUGAAAAAUAAGGGAAAGUUACCUAUUUCAACAGACAUUUUCAGAGCAGUGACAAUUUCCACUACAGAGAAAUACUAUAUAAAUGUAAUAUGGAAAGCUAGAUGCAAGGUAAUUCAUGCAUAAUAUUCCAGAAACUUCACAACAUGAAAGUAAUGUUACAAAAGUCAAAAACAUUUUUUUACUCAGUGGCUCAUUCUUAAAGUGCAUCUGUGAACUAUGACUUUCCACUUCUUAGUUUUGCAAAGCAACUUUGAAAUGAGAAUUGUGUAAGUACUCUUUAAGGCAUAGUCCAGAAGCUUAAUAGGUAAUGUUUUCUUAUUAAGUCAUUUAAUAAACUUUUUUAUUUUGAAGUAUGGAUCCAUGGGUGAAUUGAUAUAUAAUUAGGUUUAAUUUUUAUAUGAUUUUUGAAUUGUUCUCUGAGUAAGAGACUUGAAAAAUGACACUUUGGUAAUUGUUGGGAUUUUUCCUACUGGCCUCAUGCAGAAGGUACUGGAUAUCUCUUACCCACUGCAUGUAUUCCACCUUUUUUUUUUUUUUUUUAAAUUUUAUUUUGUCGAUAUACAUUGUGGCUGAUUAUUGCUCCCCAUCACCAAAACCUCCCUCCCUUCUCCCUCCCCCCCUCCCCCCAACAAUGUCCUUUCUGUU